AUGUCCAAACUAUCGCGACUCCAUGAGCUCUUACUAGUGAAAAGAACCCAGCGGGAUGGCAUCGAGCGCCCCGUUGAUAUGCUGGAUAAUGACUCUAUCCGACCGACUUCAGUAAAGGAUCGAACAUGGUCCCAACUCACCUAUAUCAUGUUCUGGUUCUCGGCGACUGCGAACGUCAGCAAUCUGUACACAGCGUCCACGGGAAUGGCCAUGGGAUUGACCAUGUGGGAAGCGAUCGGAUGCUCGUUCGGUGGUCAGAUCCUCGCCGGUGCCUUGAUGGCUGUGAACGGCCGUGCUGGCGCCAUGUACCGCAUUCCGUUCCCCGUUCUAUGUCGCUCCAGCUUUGGGCAUUGGGGAGCACUGUGGCCGACUUUCAAUCGGGCGGUCAUGUCAAUUGUGUGGAACGGUGUCAAUACCGUUCAAGGAGGACAAUGUUUAUAUGUCUUUCUCCAUGCGAUUUUCCCUUCUAUUGAAAACAUCCCGGAUAAGAUGGGAUCCAAGUCGGCUUUGACUUCAGCACAAAUGAUGUGUUUCUUCAUCUAUUGGCUUGUCAAUUGCGCAUUCUUAGUGGUGCCUGUACCAAGAAUGAAAUCCCUGGUCUACAUCAAAGUCGUCGUUUACUUCGGCGCAGCAUUUGCUAUGCUGGGAUGGACUGUGUCUCUCGCCGGUGGUUCUUUGAAGACAAUCAAUGCGCCCUCGGAGAUAAAGGGCACGGAAAAAAGCUAUCUCAUUUUUAAGUUCCUCUUCUUGGGACUCGCAAGUUGUGGAACUUUCAUCUCCAAUGCGUCCGAUCUCCAGCGAUACGCUACAAAGCCCAACGACGUCCUCAUCGGCCAGAUUAUCAGCUUUCCACUGUCGAACUUCCUAGUUGCCAUUCUAGGUAACCUUAUCGCGUCAGCUAGCAAAGCUAUCUUUGGAAAGCUCAUCUGGAACCCGCUGCAGUUCUUGGACAAAUUGAUGGAAGGAGAGCGAUACACCUCUGGCAACCGCACGGCCUGUGCUUUUAUUUCUCUGGCAUUCGUGUAUUCGACUGUCUUCUCUGCCAUUUUUGAGAACUCUAUCCCUGCGGGUAACGAUAUUGCAGCCCUACUACCAAAAUACAUUUCAAUAAAACGAGGAUUCUUCAUCUGCGCCGUCCUCUCCUACGCAAUCUGCCCCUGGUAUCUCCUCGCAUCAGCCUCAAUUUUCAUCACAUUCCUCUCCUCCUACCAAAUCUUUCUCUCAGCAAUCACCGGCAUUCUCAUCUGCGACUACUACCUAAUCCGCCGAGGGCUACUCAACAUUCCCGCCCUAUACAUCUCAAGCCCAAGUCCGUACCGAUACUUCCACGGAUUCAACCCGCGAGCAUUCUUGACCUACGUUAUUGCCAUUGCGCCAAACUUCUACGGGUUCCUUUUCCAGAUGGGCGUCAAGGCGCCUCUAGGUAUCAAGCGAUUCUACUAUAUCGCUUACCCUACCGGUCUCAUAAUCGCUUUUGUUGUUUAUUACCUGUCGUGUCUGGCCUUCCCCCCGCCUGAUAUGAAGCAGGCGUCUGGCUGGAUGGAGCCUAAGGACUUCGUGGAGGAUCAUGAUGCUUCUGGAAGUGAUGAGUCUACUAUUGAUGCCGUUGACCCUGACUUCGCGGAGAAGGGGGCUGUUGCGGUUGCUAGACCAGCUGGCGAAAAGGGUUCGUUCUGA